UUAUGAUCUGUGUGUGGUGUUUGUUUUGUUUUUUAUUCAAAAGACUGACCGUUUAUUAGUUUCAAAAAUCUAAAAAUUUAAAUAUAACAAGAUAUAUUACAAAUGAAAACAAAAACAACAUAAUCAUACAUACUAUUAUAUACCAAUAUGUCUAAGCAACCUAAAGGCACCGAGAAAGCAUUAAGAGUCCAGCAAUGUGCUAGGUGGGAAAGACUAUUUUCUGACAUAGCUAACAGAGCUAAAAAGAAUGCUUCAGAAUGUCAGGUAACAGAUUAUAUUUUUCAUUCCAACGUUCAUGACGUAAGUGAUACAUUUAAUAAAUCAAUGACUCCUGUAGAAGUACAACUAAAAUCAUUGGUGGAAGAUAACUUAAACAGUAAAGUAAAGCAUUACGUGUUGCAAAGAAGUAAGUCUAGGAUUCUGGAGGACGGAAAAUUCGAAUACUGGCACAAAAAAACGAAAAAAUCAAUAAAAGCUCUAACUCCUUAUUUGUCUAAACAUGAUAUACAGUACUACAUAUAUCUUUUUUCUCAAAAUUACAAUAAGCGAAAAAUUGUUAGAUUUAUAGAAUUGUAUAUCAAGAGCAAAUUGAAGAAUUUGUUGAAGUUAAGGGAGUCUUUAAGAGAUGAUCCUAAAAAGUUGACUGAGAUUCAACUGAAAAUAAUUACUGAAUGGGAUGUUCUUACUACUUACGUAUCUUUGGAACAUGUUGUUUUUUAUGCUAUGGACAUAGUUACACAAUUGAAAAAUAUUGAUUGAUUUGAAGGAUGAUAGUUUUUGGUUUUUGGCUUUACUAAAAAAAAUUUGUCUACCUUUUUGGGUCGUAUUUUCCGAAUUUGGUAGCACAGGGCAUACACUGCAGUAGCAUUGCCGUUACUAUGAAGAACUCAACAUCAUUCACCCAUUCAGCCUACAUCCAAACAAGCAUCUGAAGCCAACAACUACACUAAUACUAACGUUAAGUUUUAAUACUACACUAAUACUAAGUUUUAUUUUCACAUUUUGUACAGCUUUAGUAAUGUAUAAUAAAUAUGAUUAGUUAAA